GCUGUGCUCUGGCAUGCAGCGAUGCUGUAGAUGCAGCAGACUGGGACAGACACUGUUUGAUACUGAAUGCAGCAGGCGGAGAGGAUAACAUCCUGACAGACACCGAGGAGGACAACGAUACAUCGGCCAACACAGAGAGCUGGUAUGGACAAUAAGGCAUUGGAACCUGAUUCGGUGGGUAUCCCCAUGGAGGAGGCCAUCAUGUGUAACGGAGACGGCCAGCCUCUGGCCCAGCUUCAGCCUCAGCAGCAGCAGGAGCCAUCCAUGCUGACUCACCUGAAGAAGGUUGAGAACGAGAUCACUGAUGCGCAGCGUUUCUCCCACCUACCCAAACGCUCGGCCGUGGACCUGGAGUUCAUCGACCUCUCCUACACCAUCCAGGAGGGACCGUGCUGGAGGAGGAGAGGUUUCAAGGCUUUAUUGAAGUGCCUGUCUGGGAGGUUCUGCAGUCGGGAGCUGAUCGGUAUCAUGGGGCCCUCGGGGGCGGGAAAGUCCACCUUAAUGAACAUUUUGGCUGGAUACAGGGAAAAAGGGAUGAAGGGUCAGAUCCUGGUAAACGGUAAACCCAGGGACCUGAGGACAUUCAGGAAAAUGUCCUGCUACAUCAUGCAGGAAGACAUGCUGCUGCCACACCUCACUGCGCGGGAGGCCAUGAUGGUUUCAGCAAACUUGAAGCUGGACGAAACCAUAGAUGUGAAGAAAGCACUGGUGAAUGAGAUUCUGACUGCCUUAGGGCUCCUUGACUGUGCUCACACUCGCACCAGCUCUCUGUCAGGAGGCCAGUGUAAACGACUGGCCAUCGCCCUGGAACUGGUCAACAAUCCUCCGGUCAUGUUCUUUGAUGAGCCCACCAGUGGCUUAGACAGUGCGUCAUGCUAUCAGGUGGUGUCACUAAUGCGCUCUCUGGCUCUGGGAGGACGGACCAUCAUCUGCACCAUCCACCAGCCUAGUGCCAAACUGUUUGAGAUGUUUGACAAGCUUUACAUUCUCAGUCAGGGACAGUGUAUCUACAAAGGCACAGUCCCGUACCUCAUCCCCUAUUUGAAGAAUCUGGGCCUUUACUGUCCUACCUACCACAAUCCUGCAGACUUCAUCAUUGAAGUGGCAUCAGGAGAGUAUGGAGACUUGAACCCUGUGCUGUUUGAGGCAGUCCAAGGAGGAAUGUGUGCAUUAGAGGAGAAGAAGAACCAGUGUGGUAACAAUGGCACAUCAGUCUGUGCGGCAAAGUACCCCAUGGAUGCUGGACACGCAGAGAGCCAUUCUUUUGCCACAAGCACACUAACACAGUUCUGUAUCCUCUUCAAGAGAACCUUCAUAACAAUAUGUCGAGACCAGGUUUUGACCCACCUCAGACUGAUGUCCCACAUCUCCAUAGGUGUGUUAAUAGGCUUGCUCUAUCUGAACAUUGGCAAUGAUGCCAGCAAGGUCUUUAACAACACUGGGUUCCUCUUCUUCUCCAUGCUCUUCCUCAUGUUUGGUGCUCUCAUGCCAACUGUGCUAACUUUUCCUCUGGAGAUGUCUGUGUUCCUGAGGGAGCAUCUUAACUACUGGUACAGCCUGAAAGCCUACUACCUGGCCAAGACCAUGGCUGAUAUCCCAUUCCAGGUUAUCUGCCCCAUCAUGUACUGCAGCAUAGUGUACUGGAUGACAGAACAGCCUCCUGAGGCCAGCCGCUACCUACUCUUCAUAGCCCUGUCCACCUGUACUGCCCUGGUAGCCCAAUCCCUGGGCCUGCUGGUUGGAGCAGCUUCCACCUCACUACAGGUAGCCACAUUUGUUGGACCUGUCACCGCCAUCCCUGUGCUGCUUUUCUCUGGAUUCUUUGUCAACUUCGACACAAUCCCCAAGUAUCUGCAGUGGAGCUCUUAUGUGUCUUAUGUUAGGUAUGGGUUUGAAGGAGUGAUCCUGUCCAUCUAUGGAAUGAACCGUUCAGAGCUGGAGUGCCCUGGGAAGGUGUGUAAGUUCCAACAGCCUGAGGAGGUUCUGCAGUUGUUGGAUGUGGAAGAUGCAAAGCUCUACAUUGAUUUCAUUGUCCUAGGCAUUUUCUUCAUCAUCCUACGACUGACCACCUACCUUGUCCUUCGCUACAAAAUCAAGUCUGAGCGAUAGGUUUCAUUUGGCUUAUCUUCCAAAGCUAAAAGCCCUCCCUAUAAUGUCACUGCAGACCUGGUCUUUUUUUCUAUACACAAAAAACAACCUCGGUCACGUGAGAAUUUGUUUUGUUUCAUUUUACCCGUUGCUGCUAAAAGGGCAGAACAAUUCUGAUCUGUUUUACUGUCAGCAACCGUGGAGGGCAGUGACUGACAGUACACAGCAGUGAAGAGUUAUCCUAUAAAUCAACACAUACCUGUUUUACCUCAGAUAUCAGAACUUCACCUCUGCACACAAAGCCAGAUCAGUCAUGAGGAGGGUAAAGACACUGAGCCACAUUCAGCAGCACAUAGUUCAUAUUCCUGCAGGACAGAAACGUUGUGACAACAAGGCGGAUGUGCACAUACAGUGUUUACAUUCCUCUAUUAGCCAAAAAAAAUCUGAGGAUAAACUGUUGCACUGGGGAAUAAGUGUGAUGUAUUGUGCCUGAAAGAGUGAAAUUGCAGUUUUUCGGGGAUAACUGUGGGAUCAUUAUAUCUUUACACUGGAUGAGAGCAGUCUGUCUGACAGGUUUUGUUCUUUUUGUUGUUGUCUUAUGACUGAAUUUGGAGUCAAAACAUUUAUUUGCUGUGUAUAACUCCAAUCAUCCUUUGAGUAGACAGCGUUUUAUUUUUAAACUUACUGAUAGUUGUAAAUUAAGCUCUGUUAUGAUUGUCUACCAAAAUUUGGUAUUUUUUUCUACUUCUAUAAUAUAAUCUAAAAUCUUAAAUAUCUUAGUUGGAAUACUAAUUGUUCAACCUGAAUCAUUUUAUACUGUGUUGUAUUAUCUUUAGUAUUAUAUGCUUAUGCAAUAUAAAUGUAUUUAAGAAAAUAGAUAAAUUACUGUAUCAUUAUCCUUUUGUUUCCACACUACAUCCAGUAAUGCCACAUGGACACGACAGGUUCAUGCAGUCAUUUUUGGUGCUAUCUGAAGUUUCAUCUUUUAUUUGAAUUAUGUAUUAUUAUGAAAAAAAAUGUCUGCUUGUGGACUGCACAUAAAAAGAAUACUGGGCACUUGGAGAAUAACCAAAGAGAAUGAAAUGUAAGGAGGUAUGGUGUUU